AUGGUUGAUUCCCUUGCAUCGAGCCUGGCACAGCUUCGGCUGAAUGCAGACCGGGCUGAUGCCGCCAAUUUUGAUGCUCGGAUUGCGGAAGAGGAAAUGGGCACUGGGGAAGGAUUAAGGCCUCGAAAACGAGCCCGCCAGAAUGUCGACGACCUAAAGUCGGAAUUAGAGCGCGACUUCUUGACGCCGUCGCCACGAUUCAGCCCGGACUGGCUGAAUCGGCUGCAAAGGAGAUGGGAGGUCUCAACUGAUUAUCGAGAUCUCUUCGAGAUAGCUCCGACGCAGACCCGCACCAUCAUCCGCUUCACUCGUGAGGGCCUGGAAGGCCGAGUAACCGGGUACCAUGAAGUUACUGUGCCCGCAAAUAGUGCCACAGCGAAGAACUCAACUUCCAUGCUUCGACGCCCAGCUGGCAGAGCUGAUUUUGUCAGAGGCGCUGCAGGAUUUUUCCCGUUUGCUCCAGGUGGACUGGAGGGUGUGGAGGCUAUUGCGGAGAUGGAGUCAGAUGCCCAGGCAGCCGAGCAACAGAAAAUAACAGGCAAGCAGUCCGGCCUCGACCGCAUUAUUAAUUUUGGUACGGAAGGCGGACUGUUGGAAGUUCCUCCAGGAUUCAGCCGCGGCUUGAAGUUCGAGAAACCCAAGUCUAAGGAGGCCGAGGAAGACGACAGGGACGUGGAGAACACGUUGGAACAGGAAGAUGACAUUCAUCUCGAGAACAGAGAGCCCUCUGCUGAAAUUAACGAACGUGUUGGGCCCCAUGAUGAAGGAGAGAUCAGCGAAGAAGAGGAGGAAGACAUUGAUUCCUUGCUUCCAGUAGAAUUUCCAGCCCUCGAGCCUCGUGGCCCGUUGCUUACUGCGGCAGCCAAAAAGGUUGGCCGAGAAUGGGCGCACGUUGUCGAUGUCAAUAAGGAAAUUCCGAACUUUCAUGAGCUGGUUCCGGACAUGGCCAAGGAGUGGCCAUUCGAGUUGGAUACAUUCCAGAAGGAAGCAGUCUAUCAUCUGGAGAAUGGGGAUUCGGUCUUUGUUGCAGCUCAUACCUCCGCAGGAAAAACUGUCGUUGCAGAAUACGCCAUUGCUUUGGCUGCUAAGCAUAUGACCAAGGCGAUCUACACUUCUCCUAUCAAGGCCUUGAGCAACCAGAAAUUCAGAGAUUUCCGAAACACGUUUGACGAUGUUGGAAUUCUGACCGGCGACGUCCAGAUCAAUCCAGAAGCAAGUUGCCUGAUCAUGACUACCGAGAUCCUGCGAAGUAUGCUGUACAGAGGUGCGGAUCUGAUCAGAGACGUUGAAUUUGUCAUUUUCGACGAAGUGCACUACGUGAAUGACAUGGAGAGAGGUGUCGUGUGGGAGGAAGUCAUUAUUAUGCUCCCGGAGCAUGUUACGCUGAUUCUCCUUUCCGCUACGGUCCCCAAUACUUAUGAAUUUGCAUCCUGGGUGGGCCGCACCAAGAAGAAGGAUAUCUAUGUGAUUUCGACUGCCAAACGCCCCGUCCCACUGGAACAUUAUCUCUGGUCCGGGAAAGCCAUGCACAAGAUUGUCGACUCCAACAAACGGUUCCUCGAAAAGGGUUGGAAGGAGGCCGAUGAUAUUCUUUCCGGAAGGGACAAGAUCAAGGCUCAGAAAGCUGCCGAAGCCCAAGCUCAAGCUCAAGCAAGUCAAAGAGGUGGCCCACAGGGAAGGGGUCGAGGACAAGCCCCUCGAGGCGCUCCUCAACGGGGCGGUCAUCAACAGCGUGGAGGUCAACAGGGUGGCCCGGCACCGCGUGGCAGAGGACAGCCAGCUACACGGGGAACGGGCAACAUUGCUCGUACUGGCCGUGGAGAUGGACGAACCACUGCGGCGCAAGAUCGGACCGUAUGGGUCCACCUUGUCCAACAUCUCAGAAAGGAGAAUCUGCUGCCAGCAUGCAUAUUUGUUUUCUCAAAGAAGAGGUGUGAGGAGAAUGCAGAGUCCCUAUCCAAUCAGGACUUUUGUACGGCCUCCGAGAAGAGUGCUAUACACAUGAUCAUCGAGAAAUCUCUUGCUCGAUUGAAGCCGGAAGACAGGGUCCUGCCCCAGAUUCUUCGACUUCGCGAACAGCUCAACCGGGGUGUUGCUGUCCAUCAUGGAGGGCUCUUGCCUAUUAUGAAGGAGAUCGUCGAGAUUCUCUUCUCGAAAACGCUAGUCAAGGUUCUCUUUGCUACAGAGACAUUCGCCAUGGGCCUCAAUCUACCGACUCGCACAGUGGUAUUUUCUGGGUUCCGCAAGCAUGACGGAAAGGGAUUCCGAGACCUGUUGCCAGGAGAAUACACUCAGAUGGCCGGAAGAGCUGGGCGGAGAGGCCUGGAUACUGUUGGAUAUGUUAUCAUCGUCACUAUUGGCCGGGAUGAGGCACCUCCUGCGGGAACCUUAAAACGAAUGAUACUUGGGGACCCAACCAAGCUGCGGUCGCAGUUCCGGCUGACUUAUAACAUGAUUCUGAACUUGCUGCGGGUUGAGGCCCUCAAGAUUGAAGAAAUGAUCAAGCGGAGUUUCAGUGAGAACGCUACGCAAGCAUUACUGCCGGAACAUGAAAAGCAAGUGCAACUGUCGGAAGCCAGCCUUGCCAAAAUCAAGCGCGAGCCCUGUAGCUAUUGCGACAUUGACCUUGAAAAGUGUCACCAAGCGGCUGUUGAGUAUGAGAAACUUACGAGAGAACUUCACCUAGGACUCCUUACGUCGCCGAAUGGAAUCCGGACCGCCGGAGUUAUCGUCCGUGAAGGAAUCGCAGGAGGCGGCGAACCUAGCAUACAGGUCCUUGAGAUUGGCGCGCUGGGCGAUAAGCGUCAUCCUAGUGAUAUCCUGCCCUUUUUGCCAAUAUUCCGACAUCUAUUUAGGCCUCUACCAACUCGGUCCGCGGACAUGACAUUGAAGACAUGCAGGAUCCCGCUGGCAGAUGUCGAGUGCGCCACGAGCACAAUGGUGAAGGUAGGGGGACCGAUAUGGUACUUGAACAUUAAGAAAGGUGAGGACGUUGUUACCAUAUCUGGCAGAGGCACAGCGCUGACUGCCGUCACAGAGGCGAUCAAGUUCGGGGACAAGGAAUUGCCGAAGUACUGCUCAUCUUGGGAGACUCCAACCUGGGAUGAGCUGGAUUGGGCUCGAGUCAAGGAAUUGCAAGUGAGGGAUAUUUUAGACAGACGACAAGCCCAAGCAGCGAUUGUCCAGUCCUGUCAAUGCCUCGCGUGUCCUCAGUUCCUGAAGCAUUUUGAAAUGCAACACGACGAGUGGCAGGUGAAAGAGAACAUUUCGCAGUUGAAACAGCUUAUGUCCGACCAAAACCUCCAGCUUCUGCCAGAUUACGAGCAACGGGUCCAGGUUCUCAAGGACCUGGGCUUCAUCGACGAGGAAUGUCGCGUGCAACUGAAGGGCAAGGUCGCAUGCGAGAUUCACUCCGCGGAUGAGCUCGUUCUGACGGAAUUGAUUCUCGAAAACGUGCUGGCAGAGUAUGAGCCUGAAGAGAUCGUUGCGCUGCUGUCGGCUUUUGUCUUCCAGGAGAAAACCGAGAACGAACCAACAUUGACCCCCCGCCUGGAAAAGGGGAAAGAGGCGAUCAUUCGGAUCUCGGAGAAGGUGAAUGAUUAUCAGAUCCAGCACCAGGUCAUCCAGUCAAGCGAUGACGCCAAUGACUUCACCAGCCAGCCGCGUUUUGGCCUCGUGGAGGUCGUCUACGAGUGGGCCAAGGGCAUGUCCUUCAAUCGUAUUACGGACCUGACGGACGUGAUGGAAGGCACCAUCGUGCGCACCAUCACGCGUCUCGAUGAGACGUUGAGGGAAGUCAAAAAUGCGGCGAAACUGGUGGGAGACCCGACGCUCUACACGAAGAUGCAGCAGGCGCAGGAGAUGAUCAAGCGCGAUGUGAUCUUUGCCGCCUCACUCUAUAUGUAG